GUGUGUGAAAGGAGUUGCGUAUUCUGACCCAUGUCUGCUCUUUGAUGAAACGAAAGCAGUGCUUUAGAGUAGAUUCGAAAGGUUUAAAUUUAAAUCUCAAUCUCGUCAGACUAGAACCGAUCCGAUACCAAUAACAACGUAUCAAUACCAUCUAUAUUUGGAUCGAUCUGCCCAUCCCUAAAGAGCAUCUGAUCGGGGUUACUGACUGACUGACUGACACUGCGGAGGAAGCUCUUGUCAUCAAAAUACGAACAGGUUUUAGAUAAACAGACAGAGGAACAGCAUGUCCACUGUGGCCAGUUGCAGCGUUUCAACAAAACCUAGGGGUAUGUCAACUGCCCUAUUCCAUACGCAAACACCCCUGCCUGCAGAUGAAGAAGACACAGUGUGGAUUGGGUUCAUGGACAUCGUUCCUGUCAUCGGGAUGGUUAAAGAGGCAGUGGACCUGGUGUUGGCUCUGUACGAAGGGAAUGAAAGAGUGAUAAAGGAGAAAGAGAAGGCCAUUGAAAACAUUGUUAAAGAGUCAUUAAAAAAACAUGUGAAAUUGACUCCACCAGCAGCAGUAGCAGCAGAUGAUGAAUUUUCUGGACUCAGAAAUGUGAGAGAGAUCAGAAAGGAAAUGAUUAUUGAAUAUGUGCUCAAAGGUUCCAAAAGGGGAACAAAACCUCCAAUUUCAGCGGAGCAGAAAGAGAGACAGAAAAAAGUGGAGGAUAUUACAAAAGACAUGUUAGAAAAGAUCCGUAUCCUCAAUCCAAACUUCAAACAGGAGCUGACAGAAGAACUGAAAAGGUCAAAAAGAGGCGAACAUGUCUUCAACAAUAGCAUUCUUAGAUUCCAUUCCAAUGUGCUGACUGAGUUCAUAAAAGAACAUGGUAUUUAUAAUCUACGCGGAUAUAAUCAGAUUCAGCAGGGACUGGAUGAACUAGGCAAACACACACUUUCCCAAAAUACAGAAGCAGAAAUUCAGUCAAACAUGGUGGUUCGCUUUAGUCAGGAUGAAUUCUAUGUGAAUGCGAAUGGAGUGGUCUAUGGCGAAUAUUGCAGAGCACUGCGUGUUGCUUUGUUAGAUGUGCUGAGACAUAUAAACCCAGGUGACGUGACAGAAGACGAGAGAGAAAGGGUGAAAUUUCUCAUAGAUACUAUGAAUAACUUUCAAAUCUAUGUGGACGAACUAGCAAAGGUCAGCUGGAUUGCCAACAAAGGGGAUAGAAAGAGACGGUUUGAACAGGUAAGACAGGCAGUUGCGAACAUGUACAACAGAGAUCGUGGAUCUGACUGGUGCAUUAGCAUUCUGUGUCAAGUUGCACCUUUGUUUAAACAGGGACAGUGAGUUUAUUUCUCCUGUUUGGGGUCGACAGGUUCAGGUGGGCCUUUACAGUUUAGAGGGUGGGCUACUGUUAUCAAAUGGGUCGUACGGCGCGAAAACAUGUUUUUCUGUGUCUUUGGUGUGCUAUAAGUUACCCAUGCAUGUAUUAGACACUUAAAAUUGCAAAAAUGUAAGUGUCGGAACAAAAGAUGCAUUCUAUGUAAAAGCAAAUGCUCACCCAGACCUGCCUGAAAAGCUACGUGUAACCACACCCCUACGAAUGUACAUUACUUCGUAACAUGAUUUGACUAAGACCGCCCAAACCUAAAUGCAAGUAAAGUGGUCGUACUUGUAAAUCUCAUUGUAUCGUCAUGUCACAGCCAUGUUGUGGAGACAUUUCAUGUGUUUCAUUGUGAAAAGAAAGACUCUGCCAAAAGAUGUGACAAAAAAGUUUGCCCUGCCAAAAGAUGAGAAAACUCAAAACGAAUGGUAACAUUUUAUUCACAACACUGUUCCAGAAAAGUACAAUCCGAAUGUUCAGCGCUUUUCACCGAACAUUGCUUCAUGAACCUGUGAGAGAUCAAGAUCGGUGUUGUACCGAAAUCCAACUCCCCGAACAAAUCAUACUCCUCUCGCAUGCACGCGCAUUACACAGUUGUAAGGCGAAGUUAAGAGUACUGUUUGUUGUGGUUUCUGUUGCUUUUUUCACACUUCUAGCACCAAAUAUCAACUUGUAAGCGUUGUCAAAAUCUAAAAACGAUGACCAGCAAUCAAAGUCUUUAGGAUUAAAGAUGGAUUAAGUAAAUAAACACACAAUAGCAUGGUAGAUCGAUUUAGCUUCUCUCUACUGUCGAAGAAAUAUCUUCAAGACCCCCCGGACAAUCUAACAUUGAUUUAUCAUAGUAAAGGGGUAGUGAUACUUUUUUGUGCAUACUUUUUGGGGUUCCCAAUGUUUUACACAAUAUCAUGGCUAUAAACUGUUGUAAAUCGAGUUGAUUUUAAUAACGACAAUAAAGCUCAUCAUUUAUCUGUCCAAAAUUUUUUUUUGCUCUAAAAAUGUAUGUCACAUUAUCUUCAGAUCUUCAACGUGGAGGACGUUGUGCUGUUGACAUGUUACUAAUUCACGAAACUAGUUCAAGUGUCUUUCAAGUAACUUGCAGGCUAAUCAGUCAUUUUGAGCUUUUGUUUUAUUACAAAGAGUUUAAUGAGGG